UCUGUUGAAUGAAGAACAUAGUUGCGGCCUGCCCCAACCCUGUAGCUCACGGCUUGUGGACAUUCAGAAAAAAGCACAUUGAGAAUGUGAUUACAGAUCUAAAGCCAUUUAAGGCUACAUGUACCCAACCUCCCAAAAAAUCCUUACCUCAGAACACCUCUCCAGGUGACUAUCCCAUUAAUAGUGAAGAAAAAGUUGCACUCUGUGUCUGCAUUGAUCAUGACUUCAUUCACGGGACAAUCAAGCAGGGUCAUGUUUCGGCGUAGGAGACCUUCAUCAGAGCCUUGAGUAGGAACCUGUCAUGAGGCACCUAAAGCUUCAGAGGAGCACAUGCAAAUAGCGACUGCUGGUGUUGGUUUCACAGACGAGGCCACAGUACAGCAUCGGAGGGGGUUCAAACUUCAAACCUCAAACCACACCUCAUCCGGUGUCAAGGUAGAGGGUUGACAUCCUACCCAUAAAGCCCUCUGAGAGGAGUUGUAAAAGUCAGCAGUACUGGGUUUCCUAAAGGUUGGUGGGAUGUUAGAUCAAGGUGGUUAUGGAGGCUCGUUUGAGAAAUGUAUCCCUCCCUCUGCGGUUGUGUUUUGGUCCCUUCCGCUUUGAGGCGGUGCCAAUGUGGUGUGGUCGCCCUGAUGCCUGACCGUACGGUCCUGCCACCAUCUCACAUGGGGUAUGAUCCAUUACUAACAGGUGUGUGUGUGUGUGUGCGUGUGUGUCUGCGUGUGUGUUGGUGCGCAUGCACGUCUGUUUGUGGCAGCCAUAUAGAACAUCAUAUCACACAUCACAAAGACCCAAGGUGAAAGGAAAGAAAGUCCUGUGUUGUAGUAUGUUAUUCUAGCACUUCAUGACCAUAUCCCUCAGGUUCUCACCUUGUGUCCGUGCCAACCCACCCUUCCUCCAAAUCCCAGUGUGUCCCUUGGUCUUCUCUCAUUGGUCAAGCUACGGAGGCAAGAGGCUAGCAGACACAAUAAAAGGGAAGAGUUUUGUUGUUGAAAUCACCAAAUGCAGGGAAUGGAGUGAACAGCAAACCAUUUAAUUUAAAGGUAAGCACAGAGUGCUUCAUUUGAGGUCACUUUGUAUGUGAGGUAACUUUUUUGUUUAGGCCAGUCCUCAGAAUUGUUCAUGAACUGAUAGCUACUUGUUACUAAAUGUGAUUUACUACCUUCAUCUGUGUUUAUUCUCUCUCUCUCCACUUCUCAGAUCAAUGCACACCAAAAGCCGCUGACAUGCCCUCUCUUCGUUUGCUCGCCAUUCUCACAACCCUGCUAGCGGUAGUCUUGAUGGCGACCCAGUCGUCCGCAACCAGAACAACCCGCAGACCAAAGCCUCAGAAUACCAAGAAGCCCCCUCGCGGAGGUGGUACCGGAGGAGGGGGAGGAGGUGGCGACCAGCCGGCCCGUCUGGGCUUCAGGCAGACCACCACCACCAUGUCACCCUCCAGUAGCCUGGGCACCGACGAGACCACAGAGGAUACCAUGACGGACGCCUACUCCCUGUCCCCCACUGACAGCACCACCUACGCAGGCGACGCCUACCCCACAGAGUUCCACACAGACUCCAUGGCGCUCCCGGGAGCCGGCAUGGGAAACUACACCCUGGACUACAGCCACUGCUACUUAAACGUCUGCGAGUGCUGCCCGCCUGAAAAGGGCCCCGUGGGGCCCCCAGGGGAGAGGGGGCCCCCAGGGCCUGGAGCGGAGAGGGGUCUUCCAGGUGUACCUGGAGAGAAAGGUGAUGUGGGACUCAUGGGACCUCCUGGACUGGAUGGUAUGCCUGGAGCUACUGGACUUGAAGGAGAUAAAGGUGACAAAGGCGAUCAAGGAGACACGGGGAUGCCUGGUGCUCCAGGGAUACUUGGGAAAGAGGGACAGAAAGGUGACUUGGGCCCCAAAGGAGAAAAAGGAGAAACAGGCCUCCCUGGCUUGAAAGGAGACCUAGGAGAAAGGGGAAAGCCUGGGUGGAAUGGGACCCAGGGCGAGAAGGGUGACCUGGGUAAAAUAGGCCCUGCAGGUCCCUCCGGGCUGACUGGCCCAAUGGGACAGAAUGGCCAAAAGGGAGAGAUGGGGGAGUGUCCAACUGGCGAGAAGGGAGAGAAAGGGGAGGCUGGCUUGCCUGGCCCCCCUGGGCCGAGGGGGUCGGUGGGACCCCCAGGAGUAAAUGGAAGCAAUGGUCUACCAGGGCCUGUAGGUCUGAGGGGUCAGCUAGGCUCCCCAGGAGGGAAAGGGGAGGCAGGGGGGCGGGGGCCCCCAGGCUUGAGGGGCAUGCCUGGGCCGAAAGGAGAGAAAGGCCCCAAGGGCCCACGAGGUGUACGGGGUCCCAAGGGCCCGCAGGGGGAGACCGCAGAGCAGAUACGAUCUGCCUUCAGCGUGGGCCUCUUCCCCAGCAAGUCCUUCCCCCCUCCAGGCCUUCCCGUCAAGUUCGACAAGGUCCUCUACAACGAAGAGGAACACUGGGACCCAAUGCUCAGCAAGUUCAAUUGCACCCACCCCGGGGUCUACGUGUUCUCCUACCACAUCACCGUGCGCAACCGCCCCCUGCGCGCCGCACUGGUGAUUAACGGCGUGAAGAGGCUGCGGACGCGUGACUCCUUGUACGGUCAGGACAUCGACCAGGCGUCCAACCUGGCUCUGCUGCGUCUGGCAUCAGGGGACCAGGUAUGGCUGGAGACGCUGAGGGACUGGAACGGAGUCUACUCCAGCAGCGAAGACGACAGCACCUUCACCGGCUUUCUGCUCUAUGCCGACCCCAAGGCCUGACCUGCGACCUCGCCUGUGAGCCCGGCUUGACCUCUUCAUGACCUGUAUCCGACAACUCCGCAUCCCCUCCAAACGCUUUGCACCACUCGGCUAAAUCAUCUCUGUCAAUGUUGCUAUUGCUACUGCUGCUAACUAUGCUUCUGCCUAUUGCUAUCACAACAAUCUGACCAAAUGCUUGCUGUAAUUUGGAUGGGAAAGGCUGUAACACUUAAUGCAACGCUUACGCGCUCUGACAAUGCAAUAAAACACUGCUAA